GACCUCAAAAAAAAGUAGCGACCAUCAAAACUGCAACCAGCAAGAGUUUGCAGCUUGCCUUUGUGUUUCCUCGCUGUCAUGGGUCGUAUCACACGGCUAGAGCUCGAGAACUUCAAGUCGUACGGCGGGUAUCACAUCGUAGGGCCGUUCCACCGCUUCACUGCCGUUAUCGGUCCCAAUGGCAGCGGCAAAAGUAACCUCAUGGAUGCCAUUUCCUUCGUCCUGGGUGUACACUCGCGUCAGCUGCGCUCCAAUCAGCUACGCGACUUGGUGCACAGGUCACCGACUGACACUGCUACCACCGAUCGUUCGGCGUUCGUGACGCUCGUGUACGAGCUCUCAGCGGGCGAGACGCCGCCCUCCAAGUCACUGGCAGCCCAGAACCAACAGAAAGAAGUAAAAUUCACGCGUCUCAUCUCGGAAAAAGGCGUGGGCUCGUACCGUAUCGACGGCCAGGACGUGAGCUCCGAGAGCUACCAGAAUCAGCUCAAGGAGAUCGGAAUUUUAGUAAAAGCUCGCAAUUUUUUAGUUUUCCAGGGAGAUGUCGAGUCCAUUGCCAGUAAAAGCCCCACGGAGCUCACAAAACUAUUCGAGCAGAUUUCCAUGUCGGAUGAACUUAAGAACGAGUAUGAGAGGCUUUUAAAAGAGAAGGAUGCGGCCGAAGAGAACACAAUUUUCGCCUACAAAAGGAAGAAGGGGCUCGUGGCGGAGAAGAGGCUUGUGAGAGAGCAGAAGGAAGAAGCUGAGCAGUUCAGACAGAAGCAAGAAGCUGUGGUAAGGUCAUAAAAGUGGGAUAUAGGGUCAGAAUGCGUACUAAAUGGGUGUAUUGCUGCUUGUAGAAUGAUCUACGGGUAGAGCACUACUUGUGGCAGCUUUUCCAGGUUGAAGACGACAUUAAACAACGAGAAGAGACCGUGAGGCAGUACCAGGAUGCUCGACGUACUUGCAAGCAGAAGGAAGACGCUGUAGCACAGACGUACAAUGAGAAGAUGAAGGGGUUAAACGCCAGUCUUCGCGAGGUGAAGACGAAUCGCCAGCAGAUCCAGGACUUUCAGAACGAGAUGGAAGAUAUCCAGCCUCAAGUGAUUCGUCUACGAGAACAGACUCAGUAUUCACAGAGGAAGAUCGUCGAGUCGGAGACAAAGGAGAAGACUAUGAAAGAGCGGCUGGAGGGGAAGUCUAAGGAGAUUGAAGCCUUGAAGAAGGAUCUGGAAGCUCUGGAAAAGGCCAAAGCUGAUCUCGACGCGAAACAGGCCCAGGAGGCGAGUCAACGAGGCGAGGAAGGCUCGCUGGUGCUGGAAGGCUCACGUUUGGAGGAGUAUCAUCGGAUCAAGGAAGCUGUACAGGUCAAGACAAACGUAUUGCGAGAUGAACUCGAGUCGAUCUUACGUCAGCAGACCGCAGAUAAGAACAAGGUGGAGACACUCAGCCAGGAACAUCAGGAGAACAUGAGGAUGAUCGAAAUGCUGACUGACGACCUCAAAAAAGCUGACGAGCGUGUCAUCAGUAUGCAGCGAGUCAUUUCUGACACGGAGCGCGAUAUCGCAGAAGCUAAGAUGAAACUGCAGAAUACUGACGACGAGAAACGCGGUCAAGCGGAGGAGAAAGAAAAACUGACAAAGCGGUUGGAGCGCGUCAACAACAAGUUACAGGAUCUGAAAGACGAUAAGCGACAAUCGCAGGCUGAGGCGAAGAGAGCGGACACACUGGAAACGCUGAAGCGGCUGUAUCCUGGCGUUCGUGGUCGUCUUGUAGAUCUCUGCAAGCCGACUCAACGCAGAUAUAACAUGGCUGUGACUGUGGCGACUGGCAAACACAUGGACGCGAUCGUAGUGACCGACUACAGAACAGGACAAGAGUGUAUUCAAUACCUUCGAGACUCUCGUGCAGGCAGCGCUCAGUUUAUUCCUCUGGACAAGAUCCGAGUUAAGCCGAUCAACGAGCGCUUUCGCGGCUUGGGAAACAACAUCAAGAUGGUGGUCGAUGUGGUUGAGUGCGACGCGGAGAUUGAGCCAGCGCUGCACUACGCUGUGGGUGACACGGUUGUCUGUGAUUCUAUCGACGUUGCUCGCGAUUUGUGUUUCCGCCAAAACGAGAAGGUGAAGGCAGUGACGUUGAACGGGAUGGUUGUGAGCAAGAAUGGCAGUAUGACGGGCGGUAAGACCCAGAGAGACUUGCGUCGUGCUGGCCGAUGGGAUGAGAAGGAGGUCCAGGCUUUACAGCAGGAAAAAAAUGGUUUGAUCGAAGAAAUUCGCGCUAUUGAGCGCCACGGCGCAUCCUACGCGAAGCUACAGACUCUACGUACACAGAUAGAAGGGCUCAGCAACCGACUCACUCAUGCAAAGGCCGAUUUGGCAAUUACCGAGACGAAUAGACCCAAGAUCCAGGCUCGAAUUGAUAAUGCUCAGAAGCGAGUGGCGGAAGUGAUCGAUCCAGAGCUUCGUAAAUUUGCAGCGGCUGUGGAUUCUCGCAAGGGCAAGCUCAAACAGCUUGAGGAACAAAUCCACGGAGUUGAAGACGAAAUGUUUGCAGACUUCAGCGAAGCGAUUGGCGUCGACAGUAUCCGUGUCUACGAAGACAGAGUGCUUAAGAGACACCACAAGGCCAUGGAGAUGCGACGCAAAAUUACAGAACAUGAAGCGAAGCUUCGCGCACAGCUCGAGUACUUGCAAUCUCAAGACUUCAAUCAACCCAUGCUAGCAGCAAAGGAACGUGCAGCGCGAGAAGCUCAGCAUUUGAAGAAGUUAAUUGAAGAGGAAGAUGGCCUUAUGAAAAAGUUUACAGCCUUGCGCAAGGAAAAGAAGGAGCAAGAAGGAAUGCGCACAACUUUAACUUCUAAGGUGGAGGAGCUUGAGAAAGAACUCCGAGAAAUUGGCAGCAAGAAGAAGAAAUACGAGGAACGCAAGGGCAAAAUCCAACGACGAAUUGCGUCAGAGGAGGCGGUGCUUGAACGUCUAAAAGAUCACAAGACGGAGCUCUUCAAACGUGCAGCGCUGGACCAGAUCAAACUACCAACUAUUGCUCGUAAAUCUGCCAACGGCUCCGAGGACGUCGAGAUGGAAGUAGACGCAAGUGGAUCAGGUAGCCCUGAAAACGCGGAGCUUUUACUUGGAGAUGACGCAGCCAACCAAGAUGUGGACUUUUCGUCGCUUCCAGAUGCUCACGUCGUGGUGGAUGAUAAAGAAUUCGACGAGAUUAGCGCCGACUACGAAAAGCGGAUUAGUGUUCUACUCACGGAACUCGAGCAGAUACAGCCAAAUAUGCGCGCAUUGAACAAGUUCGACGUGAUCCAAAAUCGAAUUGGAAAGGAAGAAGAGGAACUGGACCGCAUCAAGCAACAGGCUUUCGAUACUGCGUCAAAGUUCGAAAAAGUCAAACAAGCUCGUCACGAUCGCUUCAUGGAGGCGUUCAACCACAUUUCAGGAGUGAUUGACUCGACGUACAAGCAACUCACCAAGAGCUCCAAGCAUCCACUAGGUGGUACGGCGUAUUUGAACUUAGAGAAUACGGAAGACCCGUAUCUAAGCGGGAUGAAGUUCAACGCUAUGCCUCCAAUGAAGCGAUUCCGCGAGAUGGAGGAGUUGUCUGGUGGUGAGAAGACUGUGGCUGCGCUCGCGCUGCUGUUUGCGAUCCACAACUACCGCCCGUCGCCUUUUUUCGUGCUUGAUGAAGUGGAUGCAGCACUAGACAAUGUGAACGUCAACAAGGUGUCCACGUACAUCGCCAACUGCGACUUCCAGUGCGUCGUGAUCUCGUUGAAAGACUCGUUCUACGAGAAGGCUGACGCGCUGGUCGGAAUCUGCAAGGACAUCACGUUGCAGCAGUCCAAAUCGAUGACACUGGAUCUCACCAAGUUUGACUAACUAUCAAGACCGACUAAUUUUUUUUUACGUUUGAAGCUGCAGGCGUACAGCUUUUCAAUGGAAACCUAGUUUAUUCUACGGCUUUUUAUGCUAACCUUCCAGCUCGUUCCUCGCCCCAAAGCGAGUUUUCGACGAGUGUUCAGCUUCUUUUUGCACCAGCUCCUUCAGACGAUGAUCUGCAGCUGCUUGUGCUCUGGAGAAUUUACCAUAACGACGCUCUUCGUAGAGUAAAAAACACUCGGCUAGACGAAUCUUGGAAGGUAAGUCCACUGUCACUUGACUGGAAGCAAAUGAAGCUGAAUCCAAGAGUACAGAUAGAUCGUCUUCCUCUGGCAUCUCGAUAGCCCAGAACACGCGCAUACUUUGAUCUAGACCUCCGAUGGUUGAGAAGGGGUUUCGUCGAGGUAAACGCACUCCAUCCAUUGCAGCAGUGGCGAGUUGGCUUUUACUUACGAAAUCAAGAUCGCUGGUCAUUUUCAGUGCGUAAUUCAAGUUUCGCC